AUGCAAGUUAUUCGAGAGAUAUUCCAUGACUUCUUACGCGAGUGGAAAAUAAGCGGAAUGAGCGAAUAUACCAGACUAGAGCGGCCGUCAGACACGACAGAAGUAAAGUCUAUAACCAAAAACGCUACACCGGUAGUUCUCUCCCUUCUCCUCGAAUACUCCCUCACCACCAUCACCGUAAUCACCGUCGGGAACCUAGGAACCGUCGAACUCGGCGCCGCCAGUCUCGCCGGCUUCACAGCGAACGCCACCGGCUACGCUGUGUACUAUGGCCUAACUACGAGCCUGGAUACGCUAUGCGCGCAGUCCUACGGGUCGGGAAUGAAGCAUCUCACCUCUGUGCAUCUACAGCGAAUGGCCCUUUUGCUGACCCUGGUGACCAUUCCACUAGCGGCGCUGUGGUGGUGCGCGGAGGGGAUUCUGGUACAUAUUAUACCAGAGCAAGAUACGGCUAUGCUGGUGGGGAGGUAUUUGCGUAUAGCGGCGUGGGGGAUGCCGGGGUAUGCGGCGUUUGAGGCUGGGAGGAGGUAUAUCCAGGCACAGGGGUGCUAUUCGGUGGGGAUGUAUGUGUUGUUGAUAUGUACGCCGAUCAGUGCUUUCUUGAAUUGGUUUUUGGUUUGGAACCGUGGGAUGGGCUUUAUUGGCGCCCCCAUAGCCCUGUCUCUGACAGACAACCUCAUAGCUCUCACUUUCUUCCUCCUUGUCUACUUCUUCUCUCUAGACAAGUGCUGGACUGGAUUUACGCAACAAUCUCUCCGCGGCUGGGGACCCAUGAUCCGCCUCUCAAUCCCAAGUCUUCUAACAGUCGAAGUCGAGACGCUCGCCUACGGCCUUAACACCUAUGCUGCGUCGUAUCUAGGUCCCUCCAUCCUAGCAACGCAGACUGUCCUCUCCACCGUCUCAAACAUUUUUUGGCAUAUUCCAUUCGCGAUAUCCACGUCAUCCCGAAUUCGCAUCGGGAAUUGGAUCGGCGCCGGGAGUCCCAAUGCGGCAAGGCUAGCCACGCGUGUCUCGCUGUAUGUUGCCGUCGGUGUUGGAUGCGUAGGUAUGUCCUUGCUUUUGGUGUUUGGACGGUACAUUGUACGUAUAUUUGCAAAGGAAGAUGAUGUGAUUGAGAUGGUUCUGAACAUUUUGCCGGUGUGUGCGGUCUGUCAUGUUGUGGAAUGCGUCGCUAUCAUUAGCAACGGGAUUCUGUGCGCCAUUGGACGGCAGGAUGUAGCGGGAUGGGUGCAGACAGGCGCUUUUAGUGUCCUUGGUCUCCCGGUUGGGUUUGGGAUCGCAUUUGGGCUUGGGUGGAAUGUUUCGGGGUUCUGGAUUGGGACGCUGUUGGCGUUGUGUGUGGUAGUUUGGAUAGAGCUGGCGUUUAUUAAAAGGGUCAAUUGGAAGCGAUGUGUCCAGGAUGCACAGAAAAGCAUGUCUGCCGCUGAAAAUUGA